UCUUUCAAUCAAUGAUAUAAUACUAUUAGUUUUAGUAGCUAUAAUAAUUUUCAUUUAAUGUGAGAAAUUUAUAUUUUGAUCACAGGGAAUGGUUCCAGCCAUGAUAGCAUCUGUUGAAACAAUGGUAAAGAAGUGGAAAGAUUAUGUAGGGAAAGAGAUAGAACUGUUUGAGGAAUUUAGAAUCAUGACAUCCGAAGUAAUAUCAAGGGCUGCUUUCGGGAGCAGUUAUGAUGAAGGAGAGAACAUUUUCGAGAUGUUGGUCAAGUUAGGUUCACUUAUGUCUACGGAUUUUCUUAAGAUAAGGAUUCCUGUUAUCAGAAAAAUUAUGCCAAAUCAAGACGACACUGAAUCAGAUAGACUAGAAAGAGAAAUUAGAACAUCAAUUAUAGGAUUAAUAAAGAAAAGAGAAGAAAAAGUGAAUGGGGGAGAAAUGGAAGGUGCAUAUGGGAGUGACUAUCUUGCAGUACUCAUGAAAGCAUAUAAUGAAUCCGACGGCAACAAAAAGAUUUCUGUGGAUGAUUUGAUUGACGAAUGCAAAACUUUUUAUGUGGCUGGUCAUGAGACAACAACUAGUUUACUUACAUGGACGUGUCUACUUCUAGCCAUUCAUACGGAAUGGCAAGACAAAGCUAGGAAGGAGGUCUUUGAGUUGCUCGGGCAAAAUGAAAUUAUUACUGAUGACAAUUUUCUUGGGAAACUGAAAAUUAUGAAUAUGGUCAUUAAUGAAACUCUAAGGCUUUAUCCACCGGUUGUUACAAUUACAAGAAGAGUUGGGAAAAAAGCAAAUCUUGCUAACAAGUUGAUUCUUCCAGCAAAGACAGAAGUAAGCGUUUCAAACUUAGCAUUUCAGCACAAUCCAGAUAUAUGGGGAGCAGAUGUCCAUCUUUUCAAACCAGAGAGAUUUUCCGAGGGUAUCGUGAAAGCAACAAACAACAACAGCAUGGCCUUUCUUCCAUUUGGUCUAGGGCCUCGGUUUUGCGUUGGUUCAAACUUUGCUAUCAAUGAAGUCAAGAUUGCUCUUGUCAUGAUUCUUCAACGUUUCCACUUUACACUUUCCCCUGCCUAUAUUCACUCACCAGUACACCGCCUCACUACUCGUCCCCAACAUGGACUUCAGAUUAAUUAUAUUGCAUGCGUUAUAGUUACAAAUAAAUGGACAGUGCAUAAUUGACGAAAUAUUACCUUACUCGUGGAAAAUAGGUGGCCCUUUGUCUCCAUACAUUCUAUCACUACUCUUGCAGGAUUGUCUAGAUUGUUAAUGUAUACUGAAAAUUUUACUA